AUGACCACGCAGGCAGAAGCAUACUCCACGAGGAUAGCGCCAGACGUUCCCGCAUGCGCCAUGACCACGCAGGCAGAAGCAUACUGCACGAGGAUAGCGCUAGACGUUCCCGCAUGCGCCAUGACCACGCAGGCAGAAGCAUACUACACGAGGAUAGCGCCAGACGUUCCCGCAUGCGCCAUGACCACGCAGGCAGAAGCAUACUACACGAGGAUAGCGCCAGACGUUCCCGCAUGCGCCAUGACCACGCAGGCAGAAGCAUACUGCACGAGGAUAGCGCCAGACGUUCCCGCUUGCGCCAUGACCACGCAGGCAGAAGCAUACUACACGAGGAUAGCACCAGACGUUCCCGCAUGCGCCAUGACCACGCAGGCAGAAGCAUACUGCACGAGGAUAGCGCCAGACGUUCCCGCUUGCGCCAUGACCACGCAGGCAGAAGCAUACUACACGAGGAUAGCGCCAGACGUUCCCGCAUGCGCCAUGACCACGCAGGCAGAAGCAUACUGCACGAGGAUAGCGCCAGACGUUCCCGCAUGCGCCAUGACCACGCAGGCAGAAGCAUACUGCACGAGGAUAGCGCCAGACGUUCCCGCAUGCGCCAUGACCACGCAGGCAGAAGCAUACUACACGAGGAUAGCGCCAGACGUUCCCGCAUGCGCCAUGACCACGCAGGCAGAAGCAUACUGCACGAGGAUAGCGCCAGACGUUCCCGCAUGCGCCAUGACCACGCAGGCAGAAGCAUACUGCACGAGGAUAGCGCCAGACGUUCCCGCAUGCGCCAUGACCACGCAGGCAGAAGCAUACUCCACGAGGAUAGCGCCAGACGUUCCCGCAUGCGCCAUGACCACGCAGGCAGAAGCAUACUGCACGAGGAUAGCGCUAGACGUUCCCGCAUGCGCCAUGACCACGCAGGCAGAAGCAUACUACACGAGGAUAGCGCCAGACGUUCCCGCAUGCGCCAUGACCACGCAGGCAGAAGCAUACUACACGAGGAUAGCGCCAGACGUUCCCGCAUGCGCCAUGACCACGCAGGCAGAAGCAUACUGCACGAGGAUAGCGCCAGACGUUCCCGCUUGCGCCAUGACCACGCAGGCAGAAGCAUACUACACGAGGAUAGCACCAGACGUUCCCGCAUGCGCCAUGACCACGCAGGCAGAAGCAUACUGCACGAGGAUAGCGCCAGACGUUCCCGCUUGCGCCAUGACCACGCAGGCAGAAGCAUACUACACGAGGAUAGCGCCAGACGUUCCCGCAUGCGCCAUGACCACGCAGGCAGAAGCAUACUGCACGAGGAUAGCGCCAGACGUUCCCGCAUGCGCCAUGACCACGCAGGUAGAAGCAUACUGCACGAGGAUAGCGCCAGACGUUUCCGCAUGCGCCAUGACCACGCAGGCAGAAGCAUACUACACGAGGAUAGCGCCAGACGUUCCCGCAUGCGCCAUGACCACGCAGGCAGAAGCAUACUACACGAGGAUAGCGCCAGACGUUCCCGCAUGCGCCAUGACCACGCAGGCAGAAGCAUACUGCACGAGGAUAGCGCUAGACGUUCCCGCAUGCGCCAUGACCACGCCAUCUGCACCGGUGUUGCAUCAUCCUUCGCAACACGUGGCCGCUCAGCGUGAACAAUAA